CGCGAUGCAGAGACCAAAGACGAUCAGCAAUCCUUGAUUGUUAUUCGUACUCGAUCUCGUGUUGUCGUAAGCCCGAUCUGAGAGACAAGAUUGUCGUGUCUACUUUCAGGCAAAACAAAAUAUUGUGCUAAAGUUUCCAUGGCGGCUGUCAAUGCCACCAUCACUACAGACGUUAAACUGUUACGAUGUAAGAAUCAACCGUGGGGCUUUCGACUCUCCGGAGGUGUGGACUUUACUUUUCCUUUAACCGUCACCAGAGUGACGAUCGGAAGCCUGGCCCAUAUAGCUGGUUUGCAAGCGGGCGACAUAGUAAUCCGCGUGAAUGGAGAGCCAAUAAGUCAACUCACACAUAUGCAAGUCUACGAUAAGUUUGCCAACAUAGGCAAUGAUAUCGUUUUAUCUAUUGUGCAAAGUCACGAAAUCGUGCAACAGAAGUAAUAAUGGUUUCCCCUUGCCGUUGAUUUAUGUUUUUACGAGCUUGAAUCCGAUGUUGCGACAAUAGUGCGUAAACGAAAGUGAAAAAGUCUGCACGUGAUAUCGUGAGUCGAAAAUGCGACAUACUGUAAACGAAAUAAAUAAAAGAAAAUUGACGGAAAAUAUCGACAAGGCGAGAUUUUUAAGCCAUAUGUUUAAAUUUACAGUACGCUUUGGCCCGACCUUUCCGGCAUGCAUCUGGUGUGCAUUAAGUCGCGACGAUCAAGGCCUUAGUCAGACAAUGUUGCGAAAUUAUGUCGGCAAUUGAUUCACUUGAUCGAGCGCAAUUAGUCAAUUAUCGAUCGAAAGGCGCGUUCCAGGCCAUUUUUAAUCACAAUUAAGUGAUCCGCAAUUAAAUUCUUUCUCCUUCCAACAAUAUGUGAUUAGAUAAUACAAUCAAGAAUAAAUGAGGAUGAAUUCAAGGAAACGCGA